AUGAGCGGACUUCGAUUUCUUGACCUCAUCAAGCCCUUUACGCCCCUCCUCCCGGAGGUGGCAGCCCCCGAGACCAAGGUGCCCUUCAACCAGAAGUUGAUGUGGACUGGGUUGACUCUUCUGAUCUUCUUGGUCAUGAGUCAAAUGCCUUUGUACGGCAUUGUCUCAUCUGAUACCUCAGACCCCCUUUACUGGCUGCGUAUGAUGCUUGCCAGUAACCGUGGUACUCUGAUGGAAUUGGGUAUCACUCCCAUUAUCUCCUCCGGCAUGGUCUUCCAGCUCCUUGCUGGUACCCACCUCAUUGACGUCAACCUUGACCUCAAGACCGACCGUGAGCUCUACCAGACUGCUCAGAAGCUCUUCGCUAUUAUCCUCUCCUUCGGCCAGGCCUGUGUCUACGUUCUUACUGGUCUCUACGGCCAGCCCAGCGACCUUGGUGCCGGUAUCUGCGUUCUCUUGAUCGUCCAGCUUGUCGUUGCCGGUCUCGUCGUUAUUCUCCUCGACGAGCUGCUCCAGAAGGGCUACGGCCUCGGUAGCGGUAUCUCUCUCUUCAUUGCGACCAACAUCUGCGAGUCUAUUGUCUGGAAGGCAUUCUCCCCCACCACCAUUAACACUGGUCGCGGCCCGGAAUUCGAGGGUGCCAUCAUUGCUCUCUUCCACCUUCUCCUGACCUGGCCCGACAAGCAGCGUGCUCUCCGUGAGGCUUUCUACCGCCAGAACCUGCCCAACGUGAUGAACCUCCUCGCCACCCUCAUUGUCUUCGCCGCUGUCAUCUACCUCCAGGGUUUCCGUGUUGAGAUCCCCGUCAAGUCCUCCCGCCAGCGUGGCAUGCGUGGUUCCUACCCCGUCCGUCUGUUCUACACCUCCAACAUGCCCAUUAUGCUCCAGUCCGCUCUGUCCUCCAACGUCUUCCUUAUCAGUCAGAUGCUGUACUCCCGCUUCUCGGACAACAUCCUCGUCAAGCUUCUCGGUGUCUGGGAGCCUCGUGAGGGUUCUGCCCAGCUCCAUGCUUCUUCCGGUGUCGCCUACUACAUGUCUCCUCCCCUGAACUUCAAGGAGGCGCUCCUUGAUCCAAUCCACACAGCUGUUUACAUCACGUUUAUGCUUGUUGCCUGCGCUCUCUUCUCCAAGACCUGGAUUGAGGUUUCUGGCUCCGCUCCUCGUGAUGUCGCUAAGCAGCUCAAGGACCAGGGCCUUGUCAUGGCUGGUCACCGUGAGCAGAGCAUGUACAGAGAGCUUAAGCGUGUCAUUCCCACCGCUGCCGCUUUCGGUGGUGCCUGCAUUGGUGCUCUCUCCGUCGCUUCCGACCUUCUGGGUGCCCUCGGCAGCGGUACUGGUAUCCUUCUUGCCGUCACGUAA